AUGUUUCAGUUUUUGGGAGCCACUGAAUGCAUCCUCUUAGCUGUGAUGUCCUUGGAUCGUUACAUUGCCAUCUGCAAGCCCCUGAGGUAUGCGGCUAUCAUGCAUCAGCGACACUGUAUCCUCCUAGUGUCCAUGGCAUGGCUAAGUGGUUUGUCUAAUUCCUUGCUUCUGUCGUCCCUCACCAUCCAGCUGCCACUUUGUGGUAACAACCAGGUAGACGACUUUCUGUGUGAGGUUCCAGUGAUGAUCAAGAUGUCAUGUGUUGACACCACAUUCAAUGUAGCUAUGCUCUCCAUUGUGGCUUCGUUCUAUGUCUUGGUUCUCUUGUCAUUUAUCCUUGUCUCCUAUGGGUUCAUUGUAGCUACUGUGCUUGGGAUUCAGUCCUCAGAUGGAAAGAAGAAGGCCUUUAACACAUGCAGUUCUCAUGUUAUUGUUGUGUCUCUCUUCUAUGGGCCAGUAAUUAGCAUGUAUGUUCAGCCCUCUGCCACUAGCACCCAGGAGAAAAACAAACUCAUGUCCUUGUUUUACAGUUUGGUGACUCCUAUGCUUAACCCUUUUAUCUACACAUUGAGGAACAAAGACAUGAAAGGGGCAAUAAGGAGGCUUCUUGUCUCAUUGUACCACUGGGGAAGAGAACAAACCUAA